AAUUUCUAUGUUCUUUCCAAUCACUGGGCAUAAGAUUUGAGGUAUUAUGCGAGAAGAAGAGGCAUAGUUAGGUAUAUAGCUAGGAAGCAGACGAAUCAAAACACCACUCAGUGAGUCAAAUUCAAAUUGGAAGCAUUCCAAAAGUGGAAUAUGGAAGGAGAGAGAGCUGCUGCUACCAAUUAUGACCUUCAAGUUUCCUUCUCCAACACCCCACAACCCAUACACGAAUUGGGUUUUGUUCACUAUGAAGAAAACCAGCUCCUUGGCUUCUUGUCACCCUCUUCACAAUCUCAAUCCUUAAACUCCGAUGUAGUUGUUUCUUCUGCCACUACAACUGCUGCAACCAUCGGAUUCAUGAAUCACACUCAACUUCUCACCAAAACUUGGAAUAACAACGACCAGGUCGAAACUCUGGAUCCAAAGGCUGUCGAUGAAGAAAACUGCACUGGAAACGCUAGUGAAGGAAACAACAACUCUUGGUGGAGGAGCGCAGCUUCGGAGAAGAACAAGGUGAAAAUAAGGAGGAAGCUAAGAGAACCAAGGUUUUGUUUUCAAACAAGAAGCGAUGUAGAUGUGCUUGAUGAUGGUUACAAAUGGAGGAAAUAUGGCCAGAAAGUUGUCAAAAAUAGCCUUCAUCCGAGAAGUUAUUACCGUUGCACCCACAACAACUGCAGGGUGAAGAAAAGAGUUGAACGACUCUCAGAGGAUUGUCGUAUGGUGAUAACCACUUACGAAGGAAGACACAAUCACUCUCCUUGCGAGGACUCAAAUUCAUCGGAGCAUGAAUGCUUUACCUCUUUCUAGGUCAAUGUUGGUCGUUAGGUUAUAAUCAUCUACGUGUAUUUAUCAACUUAAUUAAGCAACUUUGAUUGAUACGUAUGUUGUCAUGUACUUGUCACAGAGUUCAACGUUCUUCAAAGUUGAAACCUCUGUAUAUGUAUACUUAUUACAACUUUCCUUACAUUUCUUUCUCCUUAUUUUUCCUGUUUGGAGGGAACCAUUACCCCCAUAAAAGAUAUUGUUUGGUUCAUAUU